AUGCCGGUCGUGCGCGUAGCGGUCAUCGGCUCUGGACUGGCGGGCCUGACCGCGGCACAUCUGCUGCAGAAGGCGACCGCGCGAGGGCCGACGGGCGAAGAUGUCCGGUUCGAAGUCCAUCUGUACGAGAAGAGCCAGCGUCUUGGCUUGUCGAGCGCCUCUGUGGUCUUCAAAGACGCACAAGGACGCCAGCGACUCAUCGAUACGCCCAUGCGAUCGAUACAGGGCGGCUACUAUAAGCGCACAUUCGCGCUCUAUCGCUAUCUCGGCGUCGAGCUGAUACGACACAACUACACUUAUUCCUUCUCGUCUCUUUCCCGCUCGGCUUCCAACAUAGCUUGGAGGACUCGCUUCAUCUAUUCGGGUUCAAAUGGCCUAUCACUGCGACCCGUCGGCAUUCCACGUGCAUGUAACACGAUCACCAGCCUGGCGCGAUAUCUCGCACUUGUCAUAUCUGUCGCAUUAUGCUACAUCUUACUCGCAUGCUUCAGUAUAUACCACCUCCUUAGGGGUCAUCUUUCAGAUCCUCGGCAUCCCAUCUCACAUCAAUCGCUCGAGGACUGGCAAAGGAGCUCUUAUGUAUCUACACACUUUGUCAAUCUCAUCGUGCUGCCUAUGUUCGCUUGCGUCUGCACUUGUACGAGGGAUCAAUUGCUGCAUCAUCCUAUCGCAGAGAUACUAGAGUACAUCGCGCUGACCUUCGGCGCGUCGCAUUAUCUCGUCAAGAACGGGGUCAAACAGGUAGCGAUACGUCUAUGCGCGCCUCUCACCCCGGAUCAGAUCCACCUCAAUGCGGAUGUCAUCAACUUGAUUUCCACAGAGGAUGACCAAGUCGUUCUGACCCUCGCCGACGGCUCGAGUCACACUUUCGAUCAUCUGAUUCUGGCCACACAAGCAAAUCAAGCGGCAAGCCUCUUGAGCCUGCUUGCAAAGUCGCUCGAUGCCUCUGGCGCAUCUGCAGAAAGCUUGCACGCUGAACACGAGCGUGUUGAUGCGCUCAGAUUGUUCAAAUACACGCCGACAGUAGUGAUCAAUCACCAAGACGCAUCUGUGAUGCCUUGCGAUCACGAUCAGAGAGACCUCAAUAUUGCACUAUCGGAGCACUUGCUAGACAGUCAUCUCUCUCGAUCCGACGACAAAGGCACCCUCGGCUGCAUGUCGUUUGAACACGUCAUGGCUACGCAUGCUCUAGAUCCAUCGCUCACUGGCGAUGACGCGGUUUACCAGACGACCAACCCCAUUCUGCCCAUCUCCCGCGUGAUCAGCACAGCGCCCUUCGAGCGCGUGGUCCUCACCAAGCAGAGCAAGGCUGUCUUGUCAUGCUUCGUGCCAGGCAGAGAAGCGUCAAGACACUUUCAGGGUCAAAGACACGUCUGGUUCUGCGGCUCGUGGGCAGCGGAAGGCAUCCCCCUCCUCGAAGGAUGCGUUGUCUCUGCCGAGCGCACCGUUCUCGCCAUUCUGCAAUCGCAAGAUCCGUCAAUCUGUCCAAGCAAAGCGCAUCUCUUCUAG